AACAGAGCCAUACAUCAUACAUGAUAUAAUCCCAUUUUCAAAACUCAGCCUAAUUACUACUCACUUUCCUCUCUCUUGGAAAAUUCAAGUACUUUUUUAUUUGGAAAUUUCCAAACUUUUCGCAGUUGACACAAAUACGUACGUCCAAUUCGGAGUUCUCACUUCUCAACACAUUUAAAACCCCAAAAUUCUUGUUCUCUUUUGUACCUCAAACAUUUAUCUCUCACAAUAUUUUCAAUCUGUGUUUUGCUUCUGAAAUUCAAGAAUUCCUUUCUGGGUUUUGCUCUUCUGUUAAAUUCCUCAUCUGGGUUUAUCUUAAUUUACGUAAACAUUGUUUCUUUCGCUUGAAUCAAUACAAACAACAACAAAAAAGUGCAAAAAAUGGGAGAUGAUUAUAUGAAUUUCGUGCCACCACCACCAAUGAACGAAGCAACUUCAAAUGCAAUAAAUAUCUCCACUCAAAUCAUGGUAGUUGCUCUAGUAAUCCUGUUUUUCAUAUUAGCCUUUUGUUUCUUCCUUCAUUUGUAUGUCAAAUGUUUUUCAUCACCUGAUAUUGAGGACCCUAACAUUGUAUCAUGGCGUCGUCAAUUGGCUAACCAACGCCGUGGGGCAUCGCAUACGCAUCGCCGAGGUUUAGACCCGGUCUCUUUGCAGUCAUUACCUGUUGUGGUUUAUGAUCCUAAGGAUUUCAAGGAUGGGUUAGAAUGUGCGGUUUGUUUGAGUGAAAUGUCAGAAGGGGAGAAAGCUAGACUUUUGCCUAAAUGUAAUCACGGGUUUCAUGUUGAAUGUAUUGACAUGUGGUUUCAAUCUCACUCCACGUGUCCUCUUUGUAGGGAUUCUGUGAUUUCUACUAGUAGUAGUACUGAUAAUGGUAACAGCAAUAAUGUUGAAGUGCAAGGAGAUGAUGGUUCUUAUUCAUCGGAUUCGAAUUCGGAUUCUGAUGAUGGGUCUGAUUAUGCUUCUCCAAUGGGAAUUGAUGCACCAGUUCUUCCUACAAAUGUUCUGUUUUGGGGUAAUGAAACUCGAGUUAGCACCUUCGGUCAAGCUGCUGCUGCGGCGGCGGCUUCCGCCUCUUCAUCGGCAUCUUCUUCUGGUGUUAGUAGGGUAAGAGGUGAUGAUAUGGUGAUUGAUAUACCAAGUCGUGAUCAGUUCUGUGAGGAGUGCUCGUCCUCGCCGCCACAACGGGUGGAGGAAGCGAAAACUCCGGUGAUGUCGAGGUUGAGAUCAUUGAGGAGGUUGUUGAGUAUGGGUAUGAGGGUGGCACCUGGUCAACAAGUCUAGCUAAACCACAAUUGAUUGAACAAGUUUGUUUGAUUAAUUAAGGUUUGAUAAUGUGUAUAGAUUUUACCAAUUUAAUUUAACAAAUUUUGUAUAAGGGGGUGAUUGGUGGUUUGCUUACAUAAUGAUGAAAAAUCCCACGCCCUCAUAGCUUCAUUAGUUCAUUCUUUCGAUUAGUUAUACAGAGUACUACGGAGUACAUAUUUCGUAUGAUGUUACCGGGAAAAUUCUUGCCCGGUAACAUAAUUUGUACAAGCAAAAGUCUAUAACUAGGUCUCUUAAAAAUUCCAUAUUUUCUUCUCAUAUUCUUCGUUUGUAAGUGUAAUCAUAUAUUUGAGCAUUUGUUAUGGAAUAUAUUGAAGUAGUGAAGUGCCUAAGUUUUAAAGAUAUAUUCAAUUAUC